AUGGAUAAUUAUAACGAAUACGAUGAAAUGGCCUACAAAAAAGCAAAAGAGGAUUGGGUCACGGGUCAUGAAGGUGGUUCCAUGUGGGAGAUCAAUUCGGUUUCAGGAGUUGUUUUGACAUCUUAUAUACUGUGGGCAGCAGCAGCCAAACACACGAACAUUUUCAAGUAUUCCACAAGUUCCAUCAUCAAUCUCUUUCUUGAAUACGUAUUGAUCGUAUUACCGAGCCUUCUCGCUUGCACUCUGCUGGCUGACUAUGCGUUCUACUUGAAUGUUUUAUUGUUAAUUUUAACCGGAUUCAUUAUCAAGAAUUCUUCGAUACCCGAAGAUCAGAAGCCCCAAAAGAAAAAAAAAAAGUGGGACAAGGACUCGGAUGAUGAGGAUGAAAAAUUGGAACAACUACUUGUCAAGGGUGAUACAUCAGAUCCCGAAAGUUCCGGAAUUAAUUCGGACAAUCUUGGGAAGAAGCCAUUUUUAAGUGUAUAUAGGUCAAGCAUGAUUCUUUUAACUUGUAUCGCCAUCCUGGCAGUGGAUUUUCCGGUAUUUCCUAGAAGGUUUGCAAAAGUCGAAAGCUUUGGAGCUUCGUUGAUGGAUCUCGGUGUUGGAUCAUUCGUGUUCUCUUCGGGAAUCAUAUCCGCAAAGCCAUUCUUAAAAAGACCAGAGAAUCGGUUUAAACCUUUCAAAGGACAACUCGUUAGGGCGUUCAGACGGUCUCUUCCCCUUUUGGCGCUCGGAUUCAUACGUAUGAUGAUGGUCAAGGGCGUUGAUUACCAAGAACACGUGUCAGAAUACGGAAAACAUUGGAAUUUCUUUUUCACGCUCGGAUUAUUACCUAUUUUGGUCACCAUAUGUAGAACGGUACAAAAAUAUACUCGAUUUUCUUUCGUCGGGUUGGCCGUCGCUUUCUUCUAUCAAAUCGCUCUCUCAUGGUUUGGAUUACAAGACUAUAUACAGUAUGCGCCCCGCACAAAUUUAGUUAGCGCGAAUAAAGAAGGAAUAUUUAGCCUCUGGGGUUAUCUAUCGAUAUUCUUAUUAGCCCUUGAUGUAGGUCACUAUGUAUUACCGUUAGACCCGUAUUACGCAUUUCGUCCCAACCGCAAACAUGUAAAAAGACCCAAGCAAGAUAAAUUACUUAUGCUUCUAUUCUCAUGGGCGAUACUGAGUUGGAUUGGAUUCAUCUUUAGCCUCGCACUGCAAAUCGAAGUUUCUCGACAAAUGGCAAAUUUGAGCUAUAUAUUAUGGGUGGUGACUUUUAACACGACUGUUCUAUCAAUGUACCAAACGAUUGAAAUGGUAUUUUUCUUUAACUAUUGGAAGACCGAUGAGAAAGCAAUGCCAAAAAUUUUUGAAGCCAUUAAUUCUAAUGGAUUACUGAUGUUCCUUCUGGCGAAUAUCUUAACAGGCAUAGUGAACCUUUCGAUACGCACACUAUAUGUUAAUAAUUUGGUUGCCGAGGGUAUACUAGCAGUUUACAUGUUAAUCAUUUCAGCGGCAGCAAUGUUGUUUUUGGAUAAUGGCAUAAAAAUAGGGUUAUAA